UGCCUUGAAAAAUAUACUUCAAAUUUCUCAUCGAAUGCAUUUUCUAAAUCAUAAUUACAAAAUACUACACACGUUUUAGUGAAAUUAAACAUCCGGUCCGGAGGGAGUAGCCAAUUUCUUUCUGCCCCGUCGGUGCUAGAUAGAUCUUGCACAUGGUGCAAUGGCGACCACACAUGGUCCACGUCGACCCAUCCGUCUUUGCAUGGUGUAAAGUGGUGUGACCCUGUAUGGAAAAUUGCAGAGGUGAUAGGGAGACAGCGACAUGGCAGAUCCUGUUCUGUUGGACACGCACCACCAACAUCACAGAUUAAUGGCCACACAGAUCGUAGCGCACCGCUUAUAAAAAAUGGCCGCUCCUCCUCGCUCACCAUCUCCAUCCAGCUGCACCACCAUUCAGUCACACGCACACUCCAGAUCAGAGCAGACACAGCAAGCGUACCGUCGGCGCGAUGAAGCGGGUGGUGCUGUACCCGUCGCCGGGGAUGGGCCACCUGGUGUCCAUGAUCGAGCUGGGCAAGCUCUUCGCGGCGCGGGGUCUGGCCGUCACCAUCCUCAUCGUGGAGCUGCCCUUCGUCGACACCGGCGCGCGGGGGCCCUUCCUGGCCGGCGUCACCGCGGCCAACCCGGCCAUCUCCUUCCACUGCCUGCCCCGCGUGCAGUUCCCGCCGCUCGGCUCCCCGCACCCCGAGGCCGUCACCUACGAGGUCGCCCGCCUCUCCAACCCGCACCUCCGCGACUUCCUCCUCGCCGGUGAUGCCCGUCCGGCCGUCCUCGUCGUCGACUUCUUCUGCAGCGUGGCCCUCGACCUCGCCGCCGAGCUCGGGGUCCCGGGCUACUGCUUCUUCACGUCCGGCGCCGAGGCCCUGGCCUCGUUCCUGUACCUGCCGGUGCUGCACGAGCAGAGCGCCGCCAGCUUCCGGGAGAUGGGCGAGGAGCUGGUGCGCGUGCCGGGGAUCUCGCCGUUCCCGGCGACGCACGCGAUAAAGCCGCUCCAGGACCGCGACGACUCGGCGUACCGGGGGUUCUUGCGGGUGUCGCCCGACCUCUGCCGCUCCCGGGGCAUCAUCAUCAACACGUUCCGCUCGUUGGAGCCGCGCGCCGUGGAGGCGAUCGGCGCCGGGCUGUGCACGCCGCCCGGCCUGCCGACGGCGCCGGUGCACUGCAUCGGGCCGCUGAUAAAGUCGGCGGAGGUGGGCGUGAAGCGCGGCGGGGACAGGUGCUUGGCGUGGCUGGACGCGCAGCCGGAGGGCAGCGUGGUGUUCCUCUGCUUCGGCAGCCUGGGCGUGUUCAGCGCGGCGCAGAUCAGGGAGAUCGGCGUCGGGCUGGAGGCGAGCGGCCUGAGAUUUCUAUGGGUGGUCCGCAGCCCGCCGAACGAGGACCCGGCCAAGAGGUUCGAGGAGCCGCCGGAGCCGGACCUCGACGCCCUCCUGCCGGAGGGCUUCCUGGCCCGGACGGAGGACAGGGGCCUGGUCGUCAAGACGUGGGCGCCGCAGCGGGACGUGCUGGCGCACGGCGCGGUGGGCGGGUUCGUGACGCACUGCGGGUGGAACUCGGUGCUGGAGGCGGUGAUGGCGGGCGUGCCGAUGCUGGCGUGGCCGCUGUACGCGGAGCAGCGGCUGAACCGGGUGUUCCUGGAGAAGGAGCUGGGGCUGGCCGCGGCGGUGGAGGGGUACGAGACUGAGCUGGUGGAGGCCGGCGAGGUGGAGAAGAAGGUGCGGUGGCUGAUGGAGUCCGACGGCGGGCGCGUGCUCCGGGAGCGCACGCUGGCCGGCAUGACAAGGGCCAAGGAGGCGCUGGGCGAGGGCGGGGAGUCGGACGUGACGCUCACCAAGCUGGUGGAGGCCUGGAUGGGAGACCAUGCAGGCUCGGCUGAGAAGCGAUAAGGUGCAGCACGCACCAAUAAUGGAGGUCUGGCCGGUCCGCUGCAAACAUCAAGCAUCUAUAUCAGUCCACUGUUAUGGAAAUCUAGAUAAGCCUGAAAAGAUGCACACUUAUAAUUCCUAAUUGUUUAAAGGGAGUAUCUAGGUCUCAGUCGACUGAAACUUCGCGAGGUCUCAGUCGACUGAAACUUCGCGAAGUCUCAGUCGGCUCACGUCAUCGCAUGCAGAUUAGGCCUGUUAAGUAGCUCUGUUUCUGCUGGGUUGAAACGGCUUAGCACCUGGGCUUAUUUCGUUUUCCCCCUGUUUGUUUGUUUGUUACUUUGGGCUGGGCUUCUCACUUUGUUUGUCGUGGUUGAGGCUGGACCAACAAGCUGCUACUGUUGUAUGGGCUUUCUGCUGGGUU